AUGACAAAUUGCAAUUCAUCAAAACCUUAUGACAUAAAAGUACCAAGACCACCUAACGCGUUCAUUAUAUACCAUAGGAAUAAAUCCAAGGAAUUGGCGAAAUUUAAAUCCAUUGGAAAAAUUGAAUCGAACGAGCGUCAUCCAUCAAAAACUGUGGCGGAGAUGUGGAAGGAAGAACCCGAAGCGAUCAAAUUAAGAUAUCAAAGGGAGGCGGAUUUGGCCCUUGUGGAACAUAAAAAGAAAUAUCCCUUUUAUAAAUAUAAACCAAAAAAAAAGGAUAGUAAAAAUAAAACGAGGUCACAAAGCACCGCAAUGGAAUCAGCUUUUACAGCGUUCGAUAUGCAAAGUUCUUCAUCCUCUUCGCAGGAAGAAGAAAAUUCCGCCGAUAACAUUUCUGUUAGUAAUCACUCUCCACCGCACACUCCUCCACCGCACACCCCUACUUCGCCAAAUGCUGUUAACAUGCAACGUUCACGAGCUCCGGCUUCACUUUGGAUUGAACCCACCACAGACAAACCAUUUUUUAAUGAACAUUUAAAUUUCUCUCCUUCACAACAAAGAUGUCAAUGCACGGCUCAUUGUCAAGCAGCGUUUUCGAUAAUAUUCAGCAACGUUUAUAAGCAGACCGUAGAUCAACUUGUCAAUUAUGGGCUAAUGCCAAUUUCACCACAUCCCAUUACGGCAACGAUCGCUGAUGAUCUUGUUACGUCCCCCUACCCAACCACUUCUUCUUGCGCCCUGGACGAGAACACCUUCUUUCCGCCAAAUUCUGCGCAUGUGCCAGAUUGGACAUACGCGGCUGAUUACGUUGUACCUUCUCAAUCUCCGACAUCAUCUUCAUCAUCACAUGUUGUAACUUCACCAACUUCGACAGAUUAUAUGCCUUGGAUUACAUAUGAUAAUUCUCAAUUUAUUGAUCCCAUACAAAAUAUCACGAAUAUUCCAAAUAUUGUUCCAGAUGAAACCAAUUGUAAUUUAUUUACAGAUACAAAUAAUGAUGAUUGUGCCUUAUUUGAUAAUUUUGAUACGAAUCUUAAUUUUUCACUAUAA